ACGACCACGCUGACCCGUGGAUGACCUCCCAAAAACGGCCAGGGGAAGAAAAAAAAGAAAAAGAAAAUACAACUUUUAUAUCACCUUAUUUCGAAACACAUGUAGUGUCAAGAAAGAACAACAUUUCUUUAAUUUCUUUGAGGACGGAUUUAGAAAGCGAGGAUUGAAGUCGUUUAUGGAGAGAUGUGGUGCUACCAAAAGCCGGGGUUUGAAGCCCUCCUGCUCGCUGAGCUGCAGAGACAGCAGCAGUGCAACCAGUUCUGUGACACUCUGAUCAAGACAGAAGGUGUAUCUGUGCCAGCUCACAGUUGUAUUCUCUCAGCUAUCAGCCCCCAAAUCUCCUCCUCUCUGUCUGCCUUGCCAGCGCCUCCUACAGGACAGAGCCGUCACUUGGACUUUCGCGCUCUCGGCACAUGCACCCUGCUCCACCUUGUCAGACUGCUGUACUCUGGACAGAUGGCUGGCGAGGGGGAGGAGGAGAGGCAAGAAGCUGUUUCGGCUGCAGCCAGGUUGGGAAUCCAUGGGCUGGUGGAGGUCACGAGAGGAAGAAAUGAGGAGGGAGAAGGCCAGCACAGGGAAGAAGGAGUGCAGACAGAGCCACUGAUUCCUGGUGAAGGUGAGGAGAGAAGGGGAAGGUGGAGGAGAGAAGAGAGGAAUGAAGGCACUUUUUUGUGGAGAGAGACGGUGUCAGAUGGUAAAAAAGACACAUGGACUCAGACAGAGGAGCUACAGGUAACCACAGCAACCCCCUCUCAUCCAGCAGCCUCCUUUGAGACAAUCGAUAUGGGUGCUCUCCAAACGUUACAACAGACAGAACCCCAUCUUCUUCCCCCUUAUGUUUCCUACCUCCCAGUUUCCCUCGUCUAUGAACCAGAUGAAACCCAAGGCAGAAAUACCCCGUCUACAGACCGCUGUUGGGCUGGAGCAGCAGCUGGAGAUCUGGAGGACAAUCAGUUGGAGCAGUUUCAUGAUAACAUCCCAGGAUACAUCAACUACUUCCUGAACCCACAUCAAGAGGCGGGCCCCUGCAGAGGGCGAAAAAGUGGGAGGCGAGCAGCAGGAACAGGAGGUACCAGGAGAGCUGCAACAGGUGAGAGAGGAACCCGGAGACCCCAAGCAAAAACAGGAGGGAGAAGGAGGGGUAGGGGAGUGUUAACGCAGACGGUGGAUGUGCAGAGUGUUGGGGUGAGCAAGCUUCAGAAGAUGUUCCUGCAGAGGUGGGGUAUGAAGACUCCCAGGACGGGGCAGGGUGGAGGAGCUGUAGGCAGGAGGUUAUACCUGAAGACAAGGGAGCAACUAAAGCCGGCCAAGAGCUGUCAGAGGAAGAGGAGGCGCGGCAAAGAGUGGGACUUCAGCCAGAGUGGCGAUUUGAGAGAGGGAGGAGAAAGUAACAUACAGCUGUAUAACCAGGAUGGUCUCCCUGUUGGCCGGCCUAAGAGGACAAAGGCCAAACAAACAUCAGCUCCUGUUUCUUCCCCUCCUUUGAAAUUUGACAAUGUUUAUCAUGCAUUAUCCAACUCCAGCCCUGUCCUCCAUCCUUCUACAUCAGCUGUCCUAAUGUCACCUGCAGCUUCCUACCUGCCUCCAGCACCAUCUCUCUUCCACACCACUUCCCUCCCUCCUGCAGCCCCUCCACCCUAUGAGCCUGAACCCAUGGAUCGUCUCCUGGAGGAAGUGAUAAUGGGCCUUGACAUUUUGCCAAACAACAACAGUGGAGGCCUAAAUUCUCUGCCUCUUUCUUCAGCCGGCAGCAGCUGCACCUAUGCCUCAUCUGGCAAUGUUUUGACUGAAAACAAAUGCGUUGGCAGUCCCCCUGUACUCCUGGAAGCAGAAUCUUCCCGGGUUGUUGGUGGAGGCCUAGGCCGAGGAGGAGGCGUUUCCAGCUCUGCAGUGCCAGUUCUGCAGCAGCAAGGAGAGGGAGAACUGAAUGACAUGCUUGAGAACUUUCUGCAGUCCUUCGAGCAGCAUGUCGGCCGCUGGGACGAGAUGGAGAGGGGGAGUCAGAGCAGCACAGUGGUUGUUCUGAGCGAAUACAGAAAAACCCAGACCCAGACCAAAGCCCCUCAUCUAAAGAAUACUCCCCGUCCACUCAGAUGUUCUCAAAUAAGUGAACUGCAACAGAGUGAUGAAGCUGAAACUCUACAGAGCUGUCCACAGCUGUCUCCUCUGGCUCCCCUGAAACAUGCUGAGGAAACAGUGACACGAGUUGGAGAGUCGAGGAAGAAUAAAAAAAACCAGUAUCCGUUCUCACAGAUGAAGGGAAGGAAGAGGAAGCCUGUAUCAUCGAGUAAAGCAAGGGAGAAAACAGUUCAUUACAGAGACAAGCAGCUACAGCAGAUGCCUGUCGUGAAACUGGAGAGAAGUGGCCCGCUGCCAGUCCGAGUAACGCAGCAGGGACGCAGCUGUCAGAGUCUGGAAGCUGAGAGUCCCGGACAGACAAAGAGCACUCCAUCAUCAGUGAAAUACCCACAUGGUAGCUGGAGCAUGAGGUCCUACCCAAUCAGGAGCAGGUUCAGGGAGGCCCACAUCAUGGACAGUAUGCCCUUUCUUUAUGAGCCCCUUUCAAACAAAAAAAACCAUCAGAUAACCAGCAACCAGGUCCCAAGAGAAGAAAGCCCAAGAAGAAUGGACUCUGCAGUGUAUCUAAAGGGGGUAGCUCAAUGUCAUCAAUUCAGCAGCAGCAAUCAGUGAACGAGCAACUAGAGGAAAAUCAAGAAAGGCAGGAAGAAGAAUUAAACGUCCAGCGACAAGAGAAGGUAGGAGGAGCCAAGAGGACAGGUAAGAGAAGGAGUGUAGAGUCGGAC